UUCUUCAUGGAAUCAUCGUCAAACAUGAGCAUUCUACCAGCAAGUUCAGCUCUUCCUCUCUCCCCCAUUCUGAUGCUAUGCUUCUUCAUCUUCAUCUGCUAUAAGCUCUUUCCCAAGAUCAUCCCUCACCCCAUCAUGUCCAAUUACAUAAUUCCAACCGCUGCCCAUCUGACAUGGGCAUGGGAUUUCUUGCUUCACUAUUCUCUCUUUCCUAAUUCUCAUCACAAUACGAAUGUGCCGGCAAAUGGUGACCAGGGACUAAGCCUGGGGCUCUACAAACCUGAGCCGGGGUCGAAGGAGGCAGUAGAUUGUGUAGUGUGCCUAUGCAAGAUUGAAGAAGGAGAAGAGAUAAGAGAGUUGAGGUGUGGUCACAUGUUUCACAGAGAUUGCCUGGACAGAUGGGUUGGACAUAGAAACGGAACAUGUCCCUUGUGUCGAGGUUGUCUUGCCCCUCCAAGAAUGGUGAAUGAGGCGGGAGAGGAACUGAUAGUUUUCAACUUUUGUUCAUUCAGUUCCAGUAGUCGCACUGUGUGGUGGCUGCGCUAGCUGAAUUCAUCAUCCAAUGAUAAGAAACAUUAAUGGAAGAUUGAAAUACUGUAUUAGCAUUGUCCAGAGGAGGAGUUUCUUAUGAUUCUCUUUGGCCUUAAAAAUAUCCCUAGUGAGUGUAUACUGUGGAUUCUGUUUGAGAAUAAGCACCAUCUUUGUAAAGAGCUGAAUCAUGAGAUACCCAAUGUAAUGGUGCUGGAUAAAUUAAAACCAGUACAGUUGCUUUUUCAGAGAGAUAAUAUCUAUCAACCCUAUCAGAAUUAAGAUGAA